AUGGCGACGGUGGCGGUGCAGCCCGUGGCCGUCUUCGGCUGCCGGCCGCGGGUCGCCGGCGGCGUCUGCUUUGUGGAGGACCAGGUCGUGCUGCACGCCGCGGGGGCGGGCUGCCUCCGGCUGCACCUCGAGCAGAAAUGGCACAAGUUCAUCCCAGGCACGGAGAAGAGCCGGGGCGUGCAGGCGCUGGCCGUCAGCCCCGACCGGCGGUACCUGGCCGUCUCGGAGACAGUAGCGGAGCAGCCAGUCCUGACGGUCUGCGAGCUGUCGGCGGGGUCGGCGCGGCGGCGGAGGACGCUGGCCGCCGCCAGGCUGCCGGCGCGGGAGGCGGUGUCCCUGGCCUUCUCCCCCGACUGCCGCUACCUGGCGGCCGCCGCGGCCCCCCCCGAGGGGCACCUCACCUUCUGGCUGUGGGAGAAGCAGCGGCUGAUGGCGGCUGUCCGCAUCGAGGCCCCGGGCUGCGGCGUUUGCCAGGUGAGCUUUAGUCCUCAAGACAACACACAGGUUUGUAUCACUGGAAAUGGCUUUUUUAAACUUUUUAAGUACAGUGAAGGAACUUUGAAGCAGAUGAAUUUACAAAAGGGAGAGCCACAAAACUACUUGUGCCAUGCCUGGUUGUCUAAGGAGGAAGUUAUAUGUGGCACUGACACAGGCAAGCUUAUCUUGUUUGAAACUGGAAAACUGCACUGGGAGACAAGUGUAGACUACAAAAAACCACCCAGGGAACUAGAAGAUGUAACAACAAAUGAAUAUGAGAGUUCUGAUGUCUUUUGUGGACUGGCCUCUGAAGAUAAUUGUUCACAACAGGAUUCAUUGCCUCAAAUAUCUGCAGUUGCAGCUUAUUCCAAAGGCUUUGCGUGCUCAUGUAGCCCAGGAGUUGUCCUUCUGUUUGAGAAGACCAAGGAAAAGGAAGUCUACAAGGAGAGUCAAGAAAUCUGGCUUCCUCAGGACCUGUUCAGCAGUGAGCCAAAAAAGUCAGGCAGACAGGACAUUAUAUGUAUAUGCUUCAGUCCCUCUGAGGAAAUGAUGGUCGUUAACACAAAUAAAAGUCAGCUUUACAUGUUUACUAUGCUCUCCACUGAUCUUAUGAAGAAGAAGACAGCUUAUUUUGCAUAUCUGAAUUUCCCAUUGCAUUCUGCUUCAAUCACUGGUCUGGACAUCUGUAUUUGGAAACCCAUUCUUGCGACUUGUUCCCUGGAUAGAUCUGUCCGCAUCUGGAAUUACAAGACAAACACUUUGGAGCUGUGUAAGGAAUAUCGGGAGGAGGCAUACGCAGUAUCACUUCAUCCCACUGGCCUUUUCUGUUUGGUUGGGUUUUCUGAUAAACUGCGAUUUAUAAGUCUACUGUAUGAGGACAUGCAUGUUUUCAAGGAGUUUUCUGUGAGAAAGUGUAGAGAGUGCUCAUUCAGUAAUGGUGGCCAUCUUUUUGCUGCAGUUAAUGGAAAUGUGAUUCAAAUUUAUUCCAGCAUCACCUUGGAGAAAAUUAAUAAUCUGAAAGGGCAUAGUGGGAAGAUACAUGCAGUUAAAUGGAGUGCAGAUGAUACUAAAUUUGUUUCCUGUGACACACAUGGUGCUGUGUAUGAGUGGAACUUGUUGACAGGCAAAAGGGAGUCAGAGUGUGUGCUCAAGUCCUGCAUCUACAGCAGCAUUGCCCUGUCUUCUGAUGCCAAAAUCAUCUUUGCUGUUGGAUCUGACCAAACUCUCAAAGAAAUUUCAGAGUCUUCGAUCCAGCUGGAAGUGCCUGCUUUUGGUGUUGUUUAUACUGCAGUGGCUGUUUCUCAUUCUGGGCACAUAGUAUUUGUUGGUACAUCUCUGGGGACAAUCCGAGCUAUGAAGUACCCGUUACCUUUGACGAGGGAUUUCAGCGAGUAUCAGGCCCAUGCAGGUGCUGUUACAAAGAUGUCCAUAACAAAUGAUGACCUAUUUCUGCUGACUGCCUCAGAGGACGGCUCUAUAUUUAUCUGGAAAGUGUAUGAUAAAGGAGGUGGGAUACUGAAAUGGGAAAAGGAGGUUGAGUAUGCUGAGGAAGUGCUGAUCACGAGAGCAGAUAUAGAAGAGAAGAAUCAGGAAAUGUUAGAUCUGCAGAUUCGUGUGAAAGAGCUACAGACAGAAAAUGAUUACCAGCUACAUCUCAAGGACCUAUACUGUAAUGAAAAAAUAAAGGAAUUAGAAGAGAAUUUCACUCGGGAAAUAAGCUCCCUUAAAACCAAACACCAGAUUUUACAGGCAGAGAAAGAAAAACAGGAGCUACAACACCAGUUUCAACUGUCUGAGCUGAUGAAUAAACAGGCCAGGGAGGUGCAACAGCUAGAAUCUGACAGUAAUCAGAAACUCUUAAUGGAAAAUGAGAAAUACCAGGAGCUGCAAGUGAAAUCCCAGAGGAUGCAGGAGGAAUAUGAGAAACAUUUGCACAGUUUGGAGGAAAGCAAAAGCAAGACUGUGAAGGAGCUAACAGAAUAUUAUGAGGAAAAACUUAAUGAGAAAUCUGUUCUGCUGGAAGAGGCAGAGGAGGAUAUGAAGCGGCAGCUUCAAGCCCAUGAAGAAAUUCAGAAACAAACUGAAGAAGACGAAGACCGAGAAAUCCUGGAAAUCAAAAUCAAGUACGAGAGACGGCUCUUGGAAGAAAAGGAAUCAAACCUGCAACUGAAAGGAGAAAUAGGAGUCAUGAAUAAAAGGCUGAACAGCUUGCAGAAAGAGCUCAAGGAGCGAAACGGGGACAUUGAGGAAAUGAGAUUGGAACAGCAGAAGCUGCAAGGCAUCAUUAAGUCACUGGAGAAUGACAUCUUGGCACUGAAGACAGAAAUUCAAGAGAGAGCUGACACUAUCCAAGACAAGGAGAAGAAUAUAUAUGACCUAAAAAAGAAAAAUCAGGAACUGGAAAAGUUCAAAUUUGUACUGGAUUACAGAAUAGAGGAGUUUAAGAAGCAAAUAGAGUCACGUGAAAAUGAUAUUAAAACAAUGAAGGAGCAGAUCUGUGAGAUGGAAGGAGAGCUGGAACGAUUCCACAAGGAGAGCACACAGUUGAAGCUGAACAUCACACAACUGCAACAAAGACUAAAGGCAACUGAUAGUGAGAUGCACAGAGAGAGGCAGAAGAAACAAAAUAUGGAAACUCUCAUCAAACGAUUUAAAACAGAUCUUCAUAAUUGCGUGGGCUUCAUUCAGGAUUCAAAAAAAAUGAAGGAUGGGAUCCGUGAGCUCUACAGCAAGUACGUGCAACAAUCAGACUUGGUGGAGACUGAAGCAGCAGACACAGAUUUGCAGCAGGAGUACAUGAGACAGCGAGAGUAUCUUGAGAGGAAUUUGGCAGCUUUAAAAAAGAAGGUGGUGAAGGAUCAGGAAAUCCACCAAGCUGCUUACAUGCGCAUCGUGCAGGAAAAUGUGAGUCUAAUUAAGGAAAUUAAUGACUUGCGGCAAGAACUGAAGGUGGCCCACACCCAGGUACAUGACCUUCAGUCAACACUAAGAUUAACCAAGAAAAAACAAGCAAUUCAAGACACAGCUCCCUCCAGUGAACUGCAGUCCAGCCCAGCUGUGCUAAGGUUGAAUGCAGAGAAGGAAAGUGAGAAAAUCAUAGAAAUGCAGCAGCUAGAAAUUCAAUACCUGCGAGACCAAAUCCAGGAGAAGGGGCAAGUCCUUGCAGUUCAGCCUUUCUUAGUUGGAAAUCUUCCUAAUCUGAACCUGGAAAGAAGCCACAAGACACAGCAACAGUGAGCUGGUUCAAGGAUGCCUUACAUUAUUAUAUUCUUCUGUCAAGAUCAGAAAUGCAACAGCAUAGAUUAGACUUCCAUGAUCCUAUACUCUUCCACUAGAAGCAUUUGUGCAACACUCACUGCUCUGAACACAAGGCAGCAACCUUCACUCCCUUCUACUUUCCUGGAAUCUGCCCUUUCCAUGAGGCCUAGGAGCCAAGAGAAAAAAUAAUAAAUAUGUUUUAGUGCAAAACUGA